AUCUAUUUCCUCUCUCCCUAUUUAUAGAACGUGGGAGAAGCAAUUGGGAUCCGUGUCCUUGUUUUGCAGUGUCUCUGCCUGGCUGGUAAUACAGAGUUUGCACAGCUGAAGCAAAGUCAAGUUUUGGUUCCGGUAGGAGCCUGCAACACUGCUGAGAAAGGAGCGGGCUCGGCACUCCCUGAAGCCUGAAAACACUUUUAAUUGCAUGCUGUCUUUGCUAUAGCAACUAGAAAUAUGUUUAUUGACAGCGUGGCUUUUGUUAUAUUCCUGGAGAGCAUUCCCUGAUGGCCCCAUUCAAUGUUAACUCUCGGGAGGCCUGCUAGUAGCAAGGCUUGCUGCAUACUUACUAUCUCUGAGGGAAUAUUGUUUGUGCAGUCGUUAAUGAGAGACAAUUAAAGGUAAGACGAGAGCUGGCGACUUGGGGUUUGAGCCCUUUGGGAGGGUGCUCAGGAGAUGAGCUAACUGCUACUGGGACCAAAACUUUACAACACCUUUGUUAGUUUUAAAAAGAAGGUGCUGGCUCUGAAGUCAGCUUGGCAUAGAUGCUCUGGGCAUGGAUCUUCUAGUCUCCUGCCACUUGAAAUCAUGUAAUGGAGCAGAAAGGGACUGGCUUCCAUUUUAUCUCCCUUUCCUAAAUAAAAACAAACACACGGCUACUUUCUGAGCCAGCAAAGUUCAGUAUUUUUUCUCUUCUCAAAAUAGCCAGCGAUCCGGCAGGGACUUAGUUUGGACCAAGCUAUGGGAAUUCCAUGCUCUGGGGCUUGAGGUAAUUUCAUUCUGUGUCUGCUUCAGGCCAGCUUUUUACUUCUGCUGGAUUUUUGUUUGCAGGGACGUGAUUCAUGAGUGAAUUUGGCCUCUUUCCCAGUGCUAACUCCGCAUCUUAAAAAAAAAUAAAUAAAUAACCUGCAAGUAUGGAGAAGCCUGGCCGCAAAUAUUUCAGCAGAAAACAAUAUCCACCCUCACCUGCCUUCAUCUGGCUCUGCCACAGGUGCUUGGUUGUGCUGGAGCUGGUUGAUUCAGCGAUUGCAAGUGAUAAUGCCCUGUUUCUGUUGUCAUCCAUGUGAAAGGUCUCCAGCAAACAUGGGCCUGUGUAUGUUCCACCGCUCAGUGCGUGUUUGGGAGGACAUGGCCUUCCAGCACGGCUUUCCAGUAUCGCUAGAUGUACUGUCAGGUACACAAACAUGCCAGCUCCAAGGCCAGAGCCAACUUUUUCCUAAAGAAGUCGAGAAUGUAACGUUGUGCAUCACUUCUGGUGUUGUGUUGGAGAGUCAUGGUUGGCCGAUUGAGGCUGCAGGAGAUGGCUUGGAGGAGUGUAGAGCUGUUUUCUGCUUCACAUCUCUACAGAAGGGUCUGGAGCAGGGCUUGGUCAUCAGGUGGCCAUUGAGGCCAAGCACUUCGCUGGGCUGGAGGUUAGCGUAGCAGGGCAAAUUGUAGCACUCUUUGGUUUGUUGACUUUAGUGGUGAGAAAAAAGAAAGAGAUUUACACGAGCUUUAGUCUAGGUCAGUCCGCUCCUAUCCCUGUUCUUGAGGUAAGUGAAAACACAGUGUUCUGGAGGAAUGCAAGAUGGCCAGAAAUAUUUCUCCUUCAAGGCUCUGCCAAGGGCCAGCUAGGUAUAUCGUCACUCUCUGCAUGGCUGGGUUUAAACACUGCCAAAUAGCGUUGGGUGGACUCUGCUGAAUUCUGUCCUAAAGUAGUGAAGGAGGUCAUUGGAAUAGAUCUUGUUCUACCCAGAGUUCUCUGGCCAUUUUGGCUGAACACAGUGCUGUGGUUCAGCUUUGGUCCCACCACAGCGUGGAGGUGCGAUAAGAACCCCAAAUUUGUCGCUGGUCAGAGAGCUGAAGCCACAACAAACACAGGAUAGUCUCUACAAAAUGCUGCAGCAGUGUGAUGCAACACAGCUCGUUGAUCCCAAUGGUUGAAAAAAGGAAAAACUGGGAGAGUAACCUCUAGUGGACUUCGUGCUUGGAUAUUAAUAUGUAUCAGCAGGGCUGCUGCAUCAUUUUUCUGCUGUUACACCCUGAGGAGGGAUGUACACAGACGAAUGAGGAGCACUUUCCCUUGGGGAAGCUCACCAGACCCCUGCAAGAAAUCACUGCUGGGGAAGCAGGAGCUGAGCCCCAGCCCACAUCACCCUUAGCAGUACUACAGCUAAGCUUAAGCAAAGCAAGAAGCGGAUAAGUGGCGUCUCCUGCUAGAAGCAGGGAUGAGUUCUAAGCACCUGCCAUGGGUGAGGAGGUGCCUGGAUGCAUUUGGGAUGAAUGCACGGAAAAAUAUAUAUGGAAUUUACCCAGGGCACACAGACACUGUCAGAUUUGAAAUCAGCCAAUGCACUCAGAAAUUGAGCAGGGCCAAGCAAGACAGGAUUUGACCGCAGACAUCUCAUUUCCUUAGGAAAUGGGACUAAAAAUAGGAGAGGGACACAAGGGAAAUUUCUUCUUCUUGACACCCCUCCCCGCCCUGCUCCAGCUGGGUUUUUGUCCUGAAAUCUGAGGUUUGGAGCUCUUGCUGAUGUCUUCUGGGCUCCAGAUGGAGUCAAGCUGCAAUAUGAGCUCCAGAGGAGUGGUGGAGGAGUAUGGACUGAUGCAAGGAGACACGUGCCAGCUCGUCGUGGCGAGAGCCAACCCAGUGUAAGUGCAGAGGGAACGGUGCUGGGCUCAGAGGUUGCAGGGCAGGAGCUCCACGUAGAAGCCAUUAUCCCCUCGGUGUUUUACAUCUCCACUUGCUCAUUUCCCUUGUUUUACCAGUGCCCUCUUCCCAGUGGGAGCUUCAGUGGGUCCGGCUCUUCCGUUAUUGGUAGAAAUCUUUAGGAAAACCUUCUCCAUGUUCAAGAUGAGAACACAACGCUUGGGUGUGCUGAUGUCCUGUGCGGGCACCGGCGCUGUUCAGCUUCGCCAUGAGCUAUGGCUGUAAAUACUGAGUUGUGGGUUACCUUGAGUGCUGGCAGAGGCGGUGCAGGCGACCUGGGUUUCGCUGCGGGCAAAUUCACCAUUUUGCCAGGCAAAGCGAGGCCCAUGUGAGGGGUGAAGAGAGCCUUCGGGGGGGAGGCUGCAGCCCUCGGGUGGACGUUUGACUGCUCUACCCCCCUUUCUCGUGUCUCUUCUGGAGUUUUAGCUCUGGCGUCACCUGUGCCGCCCGUGCCAGCGGCAUCCUGGAGUUUGCUGAAGGUGGCCGAGAUGCUGCGGGGCUUUUCCCUUCUGCUUACCCGCAAGCCAAGCAAACGGGAGUUGAUCGUUAACCGGGGGCGAGGAGGAGGAGGAAAAAGAGGAGGAGGAGCACUGACAGUCAGAUUCAUCACCAGGAGGUUCAUUGGAGACUAUGACCCAACACUAGAAAUGAUUUACAGACACAUGGCUGUCAUUGACGGGGAGAUGGUGCACUUUGAGAUCCUCGAUACGGCAGGACAGGAGGAAGACUCCCUGCAGAUAGAGGAGAAGAUCAAAUGGGGCGAUGGCUUUGCAGUGGUCUACUCGGUGACAGACAGGUGCAGCUUCGACGAGGUGAUGCGGCUGUGUUUUCUCAUCAACCACAUCCACUCCAGCCCCAAGCGGAGUGGUGGGGGCGAGCAGCCGCCCGUGGUCAUCGUGGCCAACAAGAAGGACUUGCAGUUUGACAGGAUGGUGUCCACGCAAGAUGGCGAAAACCUUUCCAAAGCUUUGAAGCUUCCUUUCUAUGAGAUUUCCACUCGGGACAGCUACGAGGAAACCGUGGCAGUGUUCAAUACCCUCUACCAAGAGCUCAUGAGGCAAGGGCAUUUCUCCCCAGGCUCCUUCAAGAGGAGGACAGUGUCGAAAGUGAUGGAGAAGAUCCCCAAGAUGCAAGCCAGCUCCACCUUGAACUCAGCAGGUCGGAGCCUCAGCUUUAACUCCUUUAGAGACUACAUCCCUGAGUGAGCAUCCCUGGUGCAGAGGAACAGGACCGAGGGAUGGGUCCUCCUGCUGCUGAGGCACCAGUUGUAUAGUGAGGAGCCGCUUUAUUUGGGGUUAAAGUGCAAUGUGUAGAACAGGAGGGGAGUGUUAAGAGGUGGCAUUGGUGUUCAGCAGCCUCUGAAAGCCUGGUUUCUACAUGCAGGCUUUGGGUCUGCAGGGAGGAUGCUCUUCCUCUGUCCCACCCACCCUCCUCCUCCUCCUGCUUGAAGGCAGCAACAAAGGUUGUUCCUAUUGACUUCAGUGGUGUUGUGUCAAUGCUUGUGGGUUCCAAUGGACUUCACUGGGGAUCAGACCCAGCACCCACACCUCCCUAUGGGAUUUCUGCUUCCCACAGGGAGCUUGCUGGGUCUGUUCAUGUCCCUUCUCCAUGCUCCUGGGCUGGCAGCGAGGGCAUGUUUUAAAGCAGAGACCUGUUUACAGUAGGGAUAAAAAGCCUGCUAAUCACUGGCUUUUCUCAAAAGCCAUUUUUCUUUGUAACAUCUGAAGCUCCUUGGCACUCUCUCCUGUAACAUCACUGUAAAUAAAAGCCUGGGCAGAGGGCUCUUUGCUGAGGCUGCCCCUUGUUUGACAUCUCCAGGGCUGCCAGCCUCUAAGGGGAGGCAAGUUGGACAGCAUCAGUGCUGUAUCCUGCAACCUUAGGCUAAGGCCACACUGCUCCAUCCUAGGGGAAUGUCAUUGCUGAUGCAUGCCCUCGCCCUGGAACUCAGCUCAGUGUGUGUCUUGGAGACUCCCAGAGUGCAAGCAGUGGGUGUGGAUGCAAUGGAGCUGAUACUGGGAAGUGCAAAUGAUUCUCAGUCCCUUGCCUGCAUUUUGACUGCCCCAUCCCAAUGGGGGAAUUGCUGUGGCUGGGUAAUUUGGUGGGUGUUUUUUUUUUGCUCAGAUUGGCUUUGUUAUGGGGCAGCAAAGGCAGGGAAAGGAGCAGGGCUUGCAUCUUUUUGCUGCUGCGUCAUCAGUGUCACCGAGCAUCCUCUUGCUAAACUGCUUCUGUGCAAUUUCUCUCUGAUGCAGAGCUCUGCUUUGCCACCCAAGGUGAGUUUUUUGGAAGACGUGUGCCAUGCCACUUGUGUGUCCUCUGAAAAACAGCCAUGUGCCACUGUGCCCCAUGCCAAUAAAAGCUCAGCUAGCGCCUG